AUGAAUAAAUUAAACUUUGACAACGCGAUUAGAAUGUUGCCAGAAUUCGCGGGUUUACCGACCCAAGACUUAAAUCUUUUCGAAAAGAAAUGUGAGUUCGUGUUUAAGCACAUUGACGAAACAAUUGUGAAUGACGUGUUAGAAGCGUUGUUGUGUAAUUUAUCAGGAAAAGCUUUAUGCAUAACGCAGCAUAAAGUUAUAACAAAUUAUAAAGAUCUGAUUACUAUAUUAAGGGCGAAUUUUGGAAACAACUUCUCGGGGACAUAUUUGUCAAAGCAAUUAAAUUCCAUUACUCAGAAUAAAUACGAAAAAAUCCAGGACUAUGCUGCAAGGGUAGAACUAGCAUUAUACAGAUUAUUAAGUGAAAUGACUAAAGAUAAGACAGAUGCAGAAAGCAUAACUAUUACUAAAGUAUGGACUUCACAGGCGCAAAAUAUUUUUAUAGACGGGUUAGAUUUCCAAAUUAGAACUGUAUUAAGGGCGAUGAAAUUAGAUAGUCUGGAGGAAAUGAUUAAAGCAGCAUUGGAAGAAGAACAGGCGUUAGGAAAUUUAAAACCGAAAUUUGAAAAAACUAACAUGACUACUUUUUCAAAACCUAAGUGUUUCAAUUGUGAGGGGUAUGGGCAUUUAAGUAAAGAUUGUAGGAAACCUAGGAAAUCUACGAGUAAUGCUGGAGGAAAUACUAGUACUUUUAUUAAAAAGGAGUAUAGCACCUCAAGCAGUACAAUGUUGUGUAAUUAUUAUAAGGAACCAGGUCAUAUUGUUAAAGAUUGUAGGAAAUUGAAAUACAAUAAUGAAAAAAAAUCUAAAUCUGGCGAAGGUUCAUCGACAUCGACCGAUAUUAAAACAAUAGGCGAUUUGAAAAACAACCAAGUUUUAAUGUGCAAGAACAGAGGGAAACAGAUUAUAGAAUUAGUUAAAAACCAGAUUAAAGUUCACUCACAAUCAUUUAAAUCAAACGAAAAUACAUUUGUAAUUGAUAUAGGUGCGGAUUUAAAUUUAAUCAAAAUCUCAGCCGUGAAUAAUAACGAUAGAAUUGACCUAUAG